AAACAUAGCUUCAGCAUAAGUUUACAGAAAACCGUUAAACCCAAACCCUGUCGUUCCGCCACUUGUAAUUUCAGCCUCGUUGUGAUCACCAGAUGUUUUUUGAGCCCUAACAAUUCGUCUCGAUGCCAGCUGUAAGGGCUGGGUCCUUUGUAGGAAAACUGUAUUGUAGUCUCGCAACCAUCUGCCAACAUUGUUAAUAAAACCUCGCACGUGCCCGCACGCGACAUUUAUCCAAAACCAACAUGUACGCUGCGCACGUGCUGCGUGCGUAGCAAACGAGCAGCGGUUUCAUAGCGCGAGUUGCUUCCAGAAGACUUGCGUGGAUAUCCAUAAUUCGUUCCCAUUUGCGCACGUGCAUUGGGGUCGAUAUUUCAUCAGUUUUCGCUAAGAGAAGAUUAGCCGUGGCUCAAUAUCGCAAAUCUCGGUAAUUAAUAAACAAAUGACGCAAAAGAGUUGAUAAUAUGAACACAUUUUAGAACAAGAGUAUAAAAAAUACGUUAUGCCAAUGGCCUUCGAAGUUGGUGAGUCUGAUUGUGAUAUACAGGAGAUGCAUGAGCUCGUUGCCGGUUAUCGCGCUUGUGCAGAAGAAGCAAUCCGUUAUUUGAUAGAGGACGAAAAGGUUGCCCCUGACGACCCUUUAGUGCUCGGACUCUGGCAACAUCUCCUUUUGCAGGAGGCAGAGCUCCUGGGUAACCAUGACGACAAUCCCGAUUCGGAUGAUUCCGGUUUUGAGCUAAACGAAAGUGAUCUAAUAUCCCAUGAAAGGUCAACUCCGUGCUCCUCUGACCCUGAUGAAUUGAACAGCCCAUUGUCAUCACAGGGCGAUUAUCUCCAUACACUCUCUAGUCCCACCUCAUCAGGUGACCCCACUGGUCACCACAGUCAUUCGUCGGACAUUAGCCGAACAGCAUCUAUCUUCUCCGAACCUCACGUGAAUGUCCAGCAGAAAAGUCAAGAGGGUGAGGGUGAUCUCCAAAACCUUCCCCGGUGCGUAAAAACGACGAGUACAUCAAAACGCGAGAAUGAAAUUAUGUACGAGCAAAAGUGACCAUCUAGUCAAGAAGAAUGUGUUUCAGAGGUCUCGCAUUACCGUCAAAAAGUGCGUUGUGAAACAUUAUAUUAUAUUUAAAAACUAAACCAAAUUUUUAUACUCAAAGUUGUGCAUAUAGAGACAUAGGUUGAGUAGACUUCCCAAAGUUUGGAUGUGUAUAUAUAUAUAUAUCUAUUGAAGCUGUUCGUGCAGUAGAAUAUCAAUUCGUUAUUUUGGGUAUUUGUUGGAAACAACAACAUAUAGUGACCAGUGACACGAAAUAUGCGACGUUGAUCCCCACGAACACCACCAACUUUAAUGUUAAUUAUUAUUAUUAUUACUUGUUUAAUAUUGUACUUAUUGGCAUGCAGUAUUACAACGUUUCGUAGUAAAUUGACUAUUAAUAGUCAACAAUUAAAGAGUUUUUCUAUUGGAGAUACACGGCAAGUAUUUAUAUUAGCGAAUGUUUGCAGUAUGGUGACUCUUAGUAAUGAUUUAUGUUUCUGUAUCUUAUGUGUCUGUGUGUGUGUGUGAUUGAUUUUACUAAAGUGUGAGAGACAUUUGUAUUUCAUGUUUAUUGGUGGACUGCUAUGUUUGAGUGAUAUCAUUGGUGGAGUGCUAGUUAUUCGACCAAUCAAUGGGGAGCAGAUAUAACUAGCUCACCUUAAUCAAACAAACACAAAAACCGUCAAAUAUUCAGUGAUAAAUGUUGUAAAUUUUAAUAGAAGAGACUGCACAUUGUGGAGUGUCAAGAUUGACCUGUUGAAAUGCGACAAGCACCAUUGUCCUCGUACAGCAAAUAAACCAAAGCACGUGUUUCACGUAACUAAACGUAAUAGAUACAGAAUAUAAGAACAUGACGUACAAAAUGAAUGUAUUCUUUUUUUAGUCCCUGUAAAUACGUGUCUUCUGUGUGUAAACUUAUGAUUUCAUUUGUGACCAAAGAAAAAUUUUCUCAGUGAAUUGUUUGUUAUUUUUAUUAAUACUAUAGGAUAUUAAAAUGUAUAUGUUUAUG